GACGCCGAGGAACGUGGCCGCAAUGUUGUCCCGAUUCAUUCCUCCUCCAUCGCCGCGCCAUAACAUGUCGAGCCCGUUCCGUUCGCUGUUCUCUCUGAUCUCUGAUUGUCAUUGGUCCCUCCACGCACGGUAGUGCCAUCUCGGGAUCGUGAGCGUAUCGGAGGAAGCGAGGAAGGAAGAGAGAGAGAGAGAGAGAGAGAGAGAGAGAUGAGCCAGAGGAAGAGUCAGAAGCAAGAAACCCCUCCUCCAUAUCGCGUUCUUCACAAGCUGCCUCAAGGUGACAGCCCUUACGUCCGAGCCAAGCACGUCCAGCGUGAACUGCAGCUGGUUGAGAAAAAUCCGGACGCGGCAAUAGGUCUGUUUUGGAAGGCGAUAAAUGCAGGGGAUAGAGUAGAUAGUGCACUCAAAGACAUGGCUAUUAUCAUGAAACAACAAGACAGAGCAGAAGAAGCGAUUGAAGCAGUUCGAUCUUGUAGGCAUCUCUGCUCCACACAUGCUCAAGAAUCUCUGGACAACGUACUCAUCGACUUGUACAAGAAAUGUGGUAGACUGGACGAACAGAUUGAACUAUUGAAGCAGAAACUGUGGAUGAUAUGCCAUGGUGAGGUUUUCAAUGGGAAGGCCACAAAGACAGCACGUUCGCAUGGAAAGAAGUUUCAGGUCACUGUCAAGCAAGAGACUUCCAGAAUACUGGGCAACCUAGGAUGGGCAUACAUGCAACAGGGCAACUUUAUGGCAGCCGAAGUGGUUUACCGUAAAGCUCAGAUGAUCGAUCCUGAUGCAAACAAGGCAUGCAACUUGUCUUUAUGCCUGAUCAAGCUAGAAAGGAACAUGGAGGCACGCUCCAUUCUUUUAGAUGCAUUGCAAGGUGAAUUUCCAGGAUCUGACGACCCAAAGGCGAGAACCCGGGCUGAGGAGCUAUUGCAAGGAUUAGUGCCAGGGGAAGCUUCCUCGUUACGGUCGAUGGGGUCGGCCCAGAGGGUCGAGGAUGCUUUCAUUGAAGGACUUGAUCACUUGAUGAACCAGUGGAUGCCACUAAGAUCGAAGAGACUUCCCAUUUUUGAAGAGAUUUCUCCGUUUAGGGAUCAGUUGGCUUGUUGAGUUUUAGAUCUUGUAAAAUAACUCCAUGCAUGCGUAUACUGUCAUAUGUUGAAAAGAAAUAGGGGAAUAAAAUUAGGAAAGUUUUGAGUGUAGAUAUGCUUUCUGUCUUCUUGCUAAUCCAUUAGGUGAUCUUUCUUUUCCU